AUGAAAUCAUUAUGCAUAUUGUGUUUACUUAUUUCAUUAGUAUUCUGUAUGAAUAAUGUAAUGGAACAGUCGACACAACAGUUACAAGUUCAAAAGGAUCAUAGAAGACGAAGUCAACCAAAUCUUUAUCAGUGUAUCGCAUGCAAAUCCGGUGUUGAACAAGCCAUAGAUAUAAUUUUAAGUCCACCAACAAGGGAAUCAAUCAAUGAUUUAAUUAACAAUCUUUGCAUGGGAACUGGUCUAUUUAAUACCUCAUGUCAACUGUUUGCGAAUGAACUUUUGUUACAUAUCUUGUGUACAAUUGAGGAUGUGGAACCAGAAGAGUUGUGUGCUACAUUCGAUUUUUGUUAUUACCCACCUGAGAUAUCUGUUUGUGAAUAUUGUCUCAAAUCUGGACUUUUAAUCAAAUCAAUAUUAUUGUCGGAAACUUUUCUAUCCGAAUUAUAUAAUAAUACAUUAAAUAUGUGUAAUAAACAAUCGAAUCAUUUGCUCAUUUGUGGUCCAUUCCUACAUGAUUUGUUCUUGGCAGUUACAUUAAGCUUUAAUAAACAAUUUCUUAUACAACGCUUUUGUCAGAAUGCUGGAUUUUGUUCAGAAGCAUAA